AUUGCAGAACUUUAGCCGCCAAUUCCUUCCAUGUCUUCGCGUCAGUGAAAGAAAAGUGUGUGUGUGAGUGUGGUAACUCGCCUAAUGCAAGAGGAAACGUUGAGUAAUUCAAGGUUCAGUUUUCCUUUUUGUUAAUUGCGCGAGCUGCUUUCUUUAGUACCAGUUGCAGUCUUUUAAGAUGGCUAUGCCUGUACUUCGAUUUCUUGCCGCGGUGGCCCUUUUGGGGCCAGUUUAUAGCCAAUCGUAUUCGGUGGCUAAUGACUACGAGAGCCCUGCGGUGCCCAAUUUAACCCCUUUAUCCAACUUGGGGGAAAUUGUCGACGAAAAAAUCAGCAGCGUCAUUAAUUCCAAGACUAUUCAGUUUGUAACUCCGUUCCCGGACUCCGGCCGAAAAUCCGCCCGGUUGGAGUCGGCCGCCAAAGAAUCCAUCCCGAUCCAGCACGAUAUCAAGUACGCAAAGCUGCAGCAGUUCGUUGCCAAUCUGCUGCACCCCAAGCCGAUUGUGGACACCAUUCAGGAGCAUGAAAAAUACGGGAAUGACGGAGGAAAAGGCCGUGCUGCAGGCACUGCAUUGGUGGCCGCAGUUGAAGGAAUAUCCAACGCUCUGAAUGCGGCGGUAGAUGCGCCGUUCAAGGCGGCCAAAACGGCGGGCAAGAAAAUCACAAACUCCCUCAACCAGAUUGGGGGAAAACUAGUCGGCUUAGCCUGAUGAUUUAGUUCGCACUAAGAGCAGUUAAAUAUAUGCUGUUUUUGUUUA